ACCAUCCACCGAAUUGCUUCCUGGAUUGAAAGUGGAAAAAUUGACAACAUUCUUGUACUCUCAGGUGCAGGUGUUAGCGUGGCGGCCGGCAUUCCAGACUUUCGGACUCCAGGUACCGGUCUCUAUGAUAAUUUGCAGAAGUACAACUUGCCUUAUCCCGAAGCAGUCUUCGAUUUGAAUUUUUACCGAAGGAAUCCACAACCCUUUGUUUCCCUGGCCAAGGAAAUCUGGCCGGGAAUUUCACACCUUCCGACAUUAACGCAUUCCUUCCUGACUUUGCUUGCGAACAAAGGAUUGCUGUUGCGUAAUUAUUCUCAAAACAUCGACGGGCUCGAGUUCUUAGCGAACUUGCACCCUGACAAACUGGUAGAAUGCCACGGUCAUUUUCGCACCGCUAGCUGCGUCCGGUGUGGCAAGGCUGCGGACGGUGAAAUUGUCAAGGAAACGAUUGUAUUUGAAGGCAAGGCACCGAAAUGCUCCCAUUGCAAAAAAGGCUUCGUCAAGCCAGACAUUGUCUUUUUCGGCGAAGGAUUACCCCCUCGAUUUCAUUCGCUCUUAGAGCAAGACCUGGAGCGCGCUGACUGCGUAUUGAUCCUGGGAACUAGCCUGCAAGUGGCACCUGUUAGUAUGAUCCCAGACAUGGUGGAAAAGAGCUGUAAGCGAAUACUCUUCAACAGAGAAUUGGUCGGCUCAUUUGAUUUGAGCAGUAAGGAUCGGGAUGUGUUUCAUCAAGGCGAUUGCGACGACUCAAUUGCUAGCCUAUCCAAACGCUUGGGAUGGUACGAAGAUCUU